AUGCAGAUUUGGGGCAAUAUAUUCGGCCACAUUGAGAUUCCUCUGGGCGCAAACAAGCCGGAAGAGGAGAAUGACUGGUUUAGCCCCCGUGAGAGAGUCCCACCUGUGUUCGAAGAAGAAGAAGUAUGGCGUCUGUUCUUCGGAACCAUGGCCCCGUGGGAGGUGGAAGAAAUUGCCUGUUUCUGGAGACAUUGCUACCAUCGAUGGGCAGAGCCAUAUUUCGAGGCAUCCGACAACCUUUUAUCUUACGGUGUUACAUUUAUCAGCGAUAUUCCCCCCGACGAGAAACCUCCCUUCACACGUUACUGGGACGACUGUGAUGAUCUCAAACGUAGAGAAGAUGACUGUAGAGAGAGUUUAGCCUGCAUGGGACCGUCAUUACUUGUCAAGAUGCUUCGCGAACGGAACUCCCGGGCUCGGCGAGACCUGGUGCUCGCAAAUGCCAUAAGUCUGCACCACUUCUUUGGUGAAUAUUGGCCGAGGCCGGAUUUUGAAAUGCCGGGAGCGUUGCCCCUUCUCUUCCCUGCGGAUAGAUUCAACUUUGGCACGGACUUUGAUGGACUCAAGGAGAUUUUGAACACCUUGCCACCGCAUGAACGACCUAAUGUCGCCUGGACGCAGCUGUGGCUGGGAGCAGGGCUGGACUACCCAGAGGUGUUUGUGGAUAUGUUCUGCUAUGGCGAGCCUUCUUCGUGUUGGGACUGGGGAUUUGCUUUAUGGAGUGACGAAAGGCUGAUUGAAUGGGGAGCACUGGAUCAGCCCAGUCUAAGGAGAGACGUAUACGCAUAG